UUUGAGUGUUGACUUUUGAUAUUUUUAUGACGAAAAUCUGUGGGAAAUAUACAAUAAUAAAUUGGUUUUUAGGACCGCUGCUGUAGCAUAUUAUUAAUUAGAUGAAGUUUUCGAUAUAUUCCGCAACAAUUUAUCAUUUUACUCUAUAGUGUUUUGAUAAAAAUUACAUCGAAACAAGCUUGCGUCCUUGUUGACAUAAUCCACUGAAAAACCGCAAUGUUAACCAAAAAUAAAGCUGUUUUAUCAAAACUGAGGCCUCGGAGUCGAUAUCAGUGUAAAUUUCUGUCAUCACAAACCAACGUUGGUGAAAUUGAAGUGCCUUUUUCUAACGGAAUACCAUUAAAGCUGUCAACAGGAAGGUAUGCAAGGUUUGCAGAUGGAGCAUGUGUGGCAACCCUGGGGAACACCAGUGUGUUGUCCACAGUGGUGUCCAAAGCCAAGCAGAGUGCCAGCAACUUCCUACCACUGCUGGUGGACUACCGGCAGAAGGCGGCUGCUGCUGGUCGAAUACCUACUAAUUUCUUGAGGAAGGAACUAGGUCCAACUGAUCGAGAAAUCCUAACUUCACGACUAAUAGAUCGAUCACUCCGGCCACUCUUCCCACAGAACUAUAAUUUUGACACACAGAUAGUGUGUAACAUGCUUGCAGUGGACGGCACUAAUCUUCCUGAAACUGUUGCUAUUAAUGCAGCGAGUGCAGCUUUGGCCUUAUCUGAUGUACCUUGGAAUGGACCCAUUGGGGCAGUUAGAAUAGGCCAAAUAGACAAUGAAAUUAUAAUAAAUCCCACGCGACGGGAUCUAGAAAACUCGAGCCUCAACCUGGUGGUUGCAGCCACCACCAGCAACCUGGUUGUGAUGCUGGAGGGACAUGCAAAUAUCAUCCUCCAACAGGACCUACUCAAAGCCAUCAAAUUAGGUACUAAAGAAGCUCAACACAUAGUAAAGAGUAUACAAACUUUGCAGAAAUCUCAUGGUAAAACAAAAAGAGAAUAUGAAAUUCAGGUACCUCUGGACCAAAGUGUACUGGAUUCUGUGAAAACAUUAUCUUCUAUGAAGAUUAGAGAAAUUCUAAGUGACCCAAACCACGACAAAAUAUCACGUGACAAUGCAAUAUCAGAAGUGAGACAAACCGUGCUGAACCAGUUGCGAGAGACUGAAGUAGAUGUCACUGUACUACAAGACUGCUUUAACACCAACCUCAAGAAGAUAUUCAGGGAUAUGAUCUUUGAAACCGAAGUCAGAUGUGAUGGGAGAGGGCUGGAUGACUUGAGGAAAAUAAGUUGUGAGGUGGGUCUCUAUGAACCACUGCACGGCAGCGCUGUGUUCCAACGCGGACAGACGCAGGUUCUGUGUACGGUCGCCUUUGAUUCGCCCGACAGCGCACUCAAAAUGGACACGCUCACUAUGAUUACAAGCGGUAUAAAAGAGAAGAACUUCUUCCUCCACUACGAGUUCCCGUCGUACGCGACGGGUGAAGUGGGGCGGAGUGGUCCACCGGGCAGGAGAGAGGCGGGGCACGGCGCGCUGGCUGAGCGGGGCCUCUUGCCGAUUGUGCCCCAACAACAGUGCACCACUAGGCUCACUGCUGAAGUCCUCGAGAGCAAUGGAUCAAGUUCCAUGGCAUCAGUAUGUGGUGGAUCAUUAGCACUGUUGGACGCUGGCGUGGCCGUCAGUGCGCCGGCGGCAGGCGUGGCCAUCGGCCUAGUGUCGCGCACUGACGACUCCGGCCACAUCGCCGACUACAGGAUACUGACCGAUUUGUUAGGCAUAGAAGAUUACAUGGGUGACAUGGACUUCAAAGUGGCCGGGACAAAGAAAGGCAUAACAGCUCUACAGGCUGAUGUGAAGCUGCCGGGCCUGCCGCUCAAGAUUGUGAUGGAGUCCGUACAAAAGGCCUGCGACGCUAAGAGCAAGAUCAUCGAUAUUAUGAACCAGUGUAUUGAUAAACCACGACAAGGCCGUAAGGAGAACAUGCCGGUGAUGGAGGAAAUGGAGGUGGAAGCUCACAAGCGCGCCAAGCUGCUCGGCAUCGGGGGCUGCAACCUUAAGAGGCUUUACUUAGAGACUGGGGUUCAGAUAAGUCCAAUAGACGAGACGCGCUACAGCGUGUUCGCCCCAUCUCAGGCCGCCAUGGACGAGGCGCGCGCGCGCAUCGCCGAAUCCCUCGCCGCUGAGCGCACGCCCGAGCUGGAGUUCGGAGCCAUUUAUACUGCUAAGGUGGUGGAGGUGAAAGAGAUAGGUGUUCUAGUGACCCUGUACUCUGGAAUGUCACCCGCUCUAGUGCACAACACGCAGCUAGACCACAGAAAGAUAAUGCACCCCUCAGUCCUGGGGUUAAGCGUGGGGUCAGAGAUCCAGGUGAAGUACUUCGGGCGCGACCCCGUGUCCGGGCAGGUGCGGCUUUCGAGGAAAGUGCUGACGUCACCGCCGCCCGGCGUCGUACGGAAAUUGGACAAGAAUUAGAUUAAGGUCGCUGCAUACGAACCCGAGUUAGGAUGUUAAUCAUAUCCAGUUUUGUUUAUCGUCGAACGUCGAACUGCGCAAUACAAAAUUUUAGGUAUCAGCGGUGACGUAACGACGCAGCGGCGGGGCAUGCAAGAUAAUUUGUCUACAUAUCGCUUUCUUUCGUCCCAUCUGAAGAGAGCUACAUUUCUGCUACUUCUUGUCAAGAAAAACAAAAACAAAAUUAGCUUGUUAAAUCAUUGUGUGCAUAGUUAGCCUACAGUACUCGCUGUUGAAGACACUCAUCAACAAUAUAAAACUUUGCUAAAGUUCAUGAAAGAACGUUAAUUUAAUACCCACUACGCUAAUCUGGAUUGGAUUAUAGAUGCAAUAAUUUAUAACGCAAAAUUAGUACUAGAGACCAAGCUCAAAUUGUUUCAUAAAUCUCAACUCUUUUCUGUUAAUUUGGCUUAAUUUUAAAACAUCAAAAGACUAUAAAUUUAAAAUAGAAUUUACUCUACCUAUUUAAGUUUUUAGCGUAAUUGUAAAUAUUUCUGUUUAAUUAAUAAAUAACAAUAAAAUUAAA